GUGAAGAGGUGAAGGUCGGAGACAUCCCCAAGCCCUCCCUCCCGUCCCACCUUCCCAAGAAACCCCUCCCCCCAAAGACAAGCUCCUCCUCUUCCUCCCAACCCCCGCGGCGUCCCGAGCGACCCCCUCCUGUAGCGUGUGAAAGCCCCAAGUCAGAGGGCGGGGCUUCGACACCAGAUUCUGCCCCUGACAGGUCACAGGAGACCGACGUGGACCUGGACGCGGUGGUUCCAUCUAUGGAGAAACUGAGUCAUCCGACGGCGACGCGGCCGAGAGUGACGGACCGCCGACCUCGUUCACAGAUCUUCACAGCGUCUUCUCUCUCCGGUAUCGACCUGGACUCCCCGGCAGCGGAGGACAGGAAGGAGAAGGAGAGAGGGAAGGAAGAGCCGGAGGCUGUUCCUGUCAGAUCUGUGGACGUUUCGCUGAGAAAAGGAAUUCCCACCAUCCCUGCGCCUGACGGUAAAGCACCACUGCCCACCAAACCCACUGUCCUGACCCCGCCGAACUCCGCCCUCCGCCCCACCUCCCAGUCUUCCUCCUCGGGACUGAGCCCCUCCCCCGAGCUCCGGCACUCGCCCCUGACCCCGCCGACGGUGGAGGAGCUGAGGACCCAGCUGAGAGACCUGAGGACCUCCGUGGAACUGCUGAAGAGCCAGCACAGGCAUGAGAUGAAGCAGUUGACCAGUGCGCUGGACGAGGAGAAGAAGAUUCGUCUCAGUUUACAGAUGGAAGUAGAGCACAUAAAGAAGAACCUGUUGAAAUAACGACUGAAGCAUCCUCACCGGCGCUCUCUGAUCCCAUCACCACAUCGGAGGCCACGUGUUUCAAAAAGAUUUUCACUGUUGGUCGAGACACUUUGGCCGAGAAAACGUUUGUGCCAAACGAUCAUCACGAUCGCCAUCAGCAACCAAUCAGCACCAUGGAAUCAGCACCUCCCUCCUCCACACGCCUUAUCCUGUGUUUACGUCUUGAUUUUUAAUUUUUAAAAAAGGCUUCUCUGUUCGGUUCACCUUUGUCUUCGUCAGAGCUCGCUGUGCCACCGGUACUGACUGACGGCCCGCGGCGACAGAGCUGCGGUUGUCGUGGCAACCUCACCGGUACUUUUUGUUUUUCCCGAGUGCGAAGUAAAGUUUGGACUGGACAUCCGUAGCCCGGAGGAGCAGACGACCUCUGAGCCGGUCUGUGGCCUCUCUGUGGCCUCGGCCUCGUGUGUGUCUCUUGUUUUCCAUCCAUGUGAGGACCCAGGUGUUAGACCUGCUAAGUGACGUCACGGUCACCGGUUCUGAUUCAGGUUAAAACCCAAAUUGAAGCACAUCAUUAGCAUCAGUAUUACUCAUAAACAUGUUGUGCGCGCUGUGUGUUGAUGCUUCUAUCGUACACUGCAGGCAGGUCAUUGUGAAGCAUCAGCCGCUGACAACACAGGCGUUCUUUCUGUUCCCCUUGGUGUCAUAUUAUUUCAAAUUCCUGUUUAGGACUACAAGCAUGAAUCAAAUCUAACCCACAGGACAAGUUCUGACGCUGUAGGUGCUAUUUCGACGAGUCGUUUGUCAUUCUGGGAAAAAACUUUUUUACUUUCUCAAAGCACAGUUAGAUAAGAAGACUGAUUCCACUUUAAUGUCUGGAAAUGAAGGAAACAGCUCGAUUCUGUCCAAACAGCUGAUCAGUUACCUCCAAAACUCAACAUUGAACCCCCCCCCCCCCCAUAAACACAUGAUCGAGCGCAGACUGCUGGAAGACGACUUUAUUUAUUGAUGGCUAAAGAGAAUCUGGACAAAUGCGAUUCAACAAAUUAACGUCCUUACGUUUGAGGAAAGGAAAACAAUCUCAGAGCCCAGCGGCUAAAAUCUGAUGACAAGUUACGUUUACAUUCCGACUGACAACCUGAGAAUCUUUCAUUACUUGGCUUCAAAUUGAUUUUCAAGAGAAGCACACGUCACCACACGAACAUGCCGAUCUAUGUUUUUUUGAACUCACCAAACUCGACCAAAAGCAUAAGUUUGACUUCUUUUGUUUUUGCUUUGGCACUUUUCCAUUAUAACAACAUGAAACAGCUGUGCUGAUCACAUCUCAUCCCACAGCUCAGACCAGGAUCCACCUGAUGUCAAACAGCAGCUGAAGAUUAAAGUUGAGAACAGUGUUUGAGGAAUGUGGUGAGACGUCCUCACAGGAAGAUGGAAACGUGUUCAAACAUGUGUGUGUACGACUGUUUGCCUCCCGUUCAUAUAUGUAUGUGCACAGAGUCUAUGGCAACCCGUCACUGUGGCCUUCCUGCUUUACUCCAAAUCUUUCUUUCUUUUUCUUUCUUCCUUUCUUUCUUUCUUUCUUUCUGUCGUAUGACAACGAGAAAACUGCUACAACUGAGGCUACAAGUUGUUUUCUUGACUUGGUCCUGUUUCUCCAAGAUAGUGAUAAAUAUAUAUACUUUUAUAUUUCAGUGUAAUAAAGAUGCUAUUAUGUACUGUA